AUGUCAGACGAAGAAUUUUAUUCAGAAGAAUCAUAUGAAUUUGAAUUUGAAGACGAAGAUGAAGAUGAAGAUGCUGGAUCAAACAACAAUGAUAAUGAUAGUGAUAGUAAGAUAGAUGAAGAUUCAUCAAUCGAAAACUUGUAUUACACAGCUAAAGGAUUCAAAGAUGAAGAUGAAGAUAAAGCAAUUGAGAAAUUUAACGAAAUUAUCACAUCGAAAGAUAAAGACUCUGAAUGUGAUCAUUAUGAAUACGUAUUUAAGAGUCAUAAACAGUUGAUGAAAUUAUACUUUAAGCAAAAGAAUUACGAUUCUGUGUUGAAUACGUUGAAGGAAUUAUUUACGGUAAUAUCUAAAAUUGACAAAUCUUAUUUUGAGGAUUCAAUCUCCAAGAUGAUUGUACAUUAUUCAAUUGAUAGUAAUAAUUUUGAAUUUUUGAAUCAAUUCUAUAAUAUUCUACUCGAGAAAUCACAAUUGAAUAACAUUAGAUUAUGGUUUAAAAUAAAUACAAACUUAUUAAACUUAAAGAUUGAACAGAAGCAAUAUCAAGAAAUCCCUGAAUUAUUGAAACAAAUUUAUGAAAAAUUGAAAUCAUCUAACGAAUCAAUUCAGAAAUCAUUCACAUUACAAAUCAUUGCCUGUGAAAUAGAUUAUCUUUCAAAAGUUUCCAACAACGAUACUAAGAAUUUAGCAAGAAUGGGCCAAUUGUACAGAAUGAGCUUGAAAAUUACAACAGCCGUAACCCACCCAAAGAUCCUUGCUGUUGUUAAAGAAUGCGGGGGUAAAGUUCAAUUCUAUAGAGAAAAUUUUGAAAAAGCUCAUGUUGAAUUUUAUGAAAGUUUUAAAAGCUAUGAUGAAGCUGGAUCUUCAUUGAAAUAUAAAUUAUUGAAAUAUGUGGCAUUGUGUUCUUUAUUAACAGAAAAUGAACUAGAUCCAUUUGAAAGUCAGGAAACUCAAACAAUUUCUAAAUCACCAGAAUUUGACAAUUUGAAACUUUUAAUAAAGGCAUAUAAUUCGUUAAAAUUGAAUGAAUUCCAAACAAUUCUUGAACGACUCAAUGAUACCAAUGAUGAUUUUUAUAAAGAUUCUAUUUUCAUUGAUUCAUGCAAAGAGAUUUUGAAAAACUUGCAAAGUAAAAUAUUGUUGAACUACAUCAAGGGUUAUUCUGCUAUUAAAUUCGAAUUCCUUUGUCGUCAAUUGAAAAUAAAUGAACCCGAGUUAGAAUGUUUACUUUUAAAGUCUGUAUCCAAUGGUAAAUUCAAGGAAUCAAAAAUUGAUUUUGUCAACAAGGUAAUUUUCACAGCAUCAGCAGAUAAGAAAUAUUUGAACAGAGCAUGCUUCCCUCAAACUUCAACCAAAGAUAUCUACUAUAAUGUGAAAUUAUUAGAAUUUGUAUCACCACCACCUCCAUCAACCUUAUCUAUAAUUCAAGAUGAUAUAAUGGAAGUUGAUGAAAGUUCAACAACUACUAGCAACAACGGCAAUAGUAAUAAUCUACGUUUGAAGAACACGAAUUACAUGCACAGAUUUUUCUUUGCUAUUGACAGACCUACAAAAGCAAAAGAUUGGUUUAGUUCUAUCGAAUCAUGGUAUAUCUUUAUGAUGUCUGGUAUUCCUGCUUCACAUAAGGAUGAAAUUAGUCAAAAGGAACAAGUUAUUAAUGAGCAAAAGGCUGAAAAUAUCACUACAUCGACAAGUAUGAGUAAUAAAGCAGAAAGUGAAUUGGCUAAUUUCAAUACAGGGUUAUUGAAUUCAACGGUUAAUCUUGAAGAUGACAAUAAUGAUGUUUCAGAUAUCGAAGAGAUUAAUAAAGUUGAUGUGUUGAAUAAUUGGUAUAGAGAACUUCAGGAUUAUUUGAAUCUGAUUGCAUAA